AUGGACCUGAUUCUGUUCGCGUUCAAGGAACUAGCCAUCACAACUCAGAGUUUUAGGGAAACUAAUCUUAUUGGCGAAGGCGGCUUUGGAAGCGUCUAUAAAGGCCGUAUAGAUUCAGGUCAGAACCCUAGGAAGAAAUUGCAAUAUUGUCGUCCCGAUAGGAAUAUUGAAUAUUUUUAUCCUGAAUGGAACGCAAAGGUCAAAAUUUCUCAAAAAAUAAGUAUCAAUAACCAUAUUGAUUCUUCUUCUUCGUCUAAUUUACCCAUAUUAUACAUCAAAUUUCAGUUUGAUACAUUGUUUACUGGACGACUUGACCAAGAGAUACCUUAUGGCAGAUUAAUCCAGAUCAAACUUUUCCAUUCAGCUACAUACAUGUCACGCGACAAGUUCUUCCGUGUCAUAGAAGAUAAUUUCAAAAAAUUAUGGGGUGACUUAUUUGAUAAGAAUGAACGUCGAGUUUUCAUUGAAGAUAUGAUAGAAGAAAUCCAUGAAAUUAUUUAUGAUGAGUGUAACAAGGGUCGCCAACACUUGGAUGUGAGUAUUCACAUGAGUUUAUUCGCUUCAAACAUAGUGAAGUUGUUAUGGAAGAUGGAGAAUAAUGAAGAUGUUAUGAUUGAUGAUUGUAUCAUUUGUUUCGAAGAGUUUGGAAAGAGAGAAAAAGAAGUGAUUUGUAUGCCGUGCUCUCAUAUUUUUCAUGGAAAUUGCAUUACGACAUGGCUACAAAAUGGACAUUCUUGCCCUAUUUGCCGUUAUGAUCUUCGUGCCAAAUAA